AUGUUGGAGGACGCCGACCUGGGUCUGAACUACGUCAACGCCAGUAACGGCCUGGCGCGCGCGCAGGGCGUGCGCCCCGGCGCGCUGCUGUCCAACAUAGGCGGCACCGACGUGAGCAGCCACAAAAUCGAGCAGGUUAGGGACAUGUUGUUGAAGGCCGAUGUGCCGUUGAGCGUUCACUUCGAACAAGCACGUGGCCUCCCGAACGCGGUCACUGGUGUCCUGCACCCCGUGCCCGACGAAGAGAUGCCCAUGCCGCCCGAGGAGAUAGACGAUGGACCCAUGGUCGUUCCACCACCGGUGGAUCUGGACAUCGAUUUGUCUCAACCUCUGGGUUUGACCUUUGACCAGCGCCUCGUCGUGCAGACGGUGCAGAAGAACUCUCAGGCGUCUCGCUUGGGCAUUGGACCCGGUUGGCAAGUGCUAGGUCUAGCAGGCGACGAACUCAGCAGCAGAAAGGAGUUGGAGCAGAAGUUGGAGGCGAAGAUCGGCGAUGUUUCGCUGCCCCAUAGGGAUUAA